AUGGAUCGUAUAAAAGAGGAAUACGGUAAACUCAGGAAUGAGGUUCGCAUAUUCCUGAAAAGGCCGAAGGAAAUCAUCGAACACUUCCUUUACAUGACAACUGUGAUCUUCACGGCGUUAAUGUUUUGGAAAUUGUCAAUGAUCCUUACAGGUACCGAUUCUCCAAUUGUUGUCGUUUUGAGUGGAAGCAUGGAACCGUCCUUCUACAGAGGUGAUAUACUAUUUUUGAUGAAGAAAGAGCCAAUAACCAGCGGAGACAUUGUGGUUUUCAAAGUACCUGGUCGUAACAUACCUAUUGUACAUCGUGCUAUCUCACUCCACGCAGGAAUUGACGACUUGAGUGUGCUGACAAAGGGAGACAACAACGAAGUUCACGAUAGAGGACUCUACCCUCAUGGUGUAAAGUGGCUGGACAAUGCAAAUAUACUGGGAACUGUACUCUUGAAAAUUCCGCAAAUUGGUAUCGCAAGCAUAUACCUAAAUGAAGUCCCAGCUUUCAAAUACGCAGUGACAGCAUUUGUAGUAUUUUUGAUUCUAGCCGGGAAAGGAUAA